UAGGAUUUAAGAAUUGUUUUUGUUUGUUUAUUUUGUGUUAAUAUUCAUUAAAUCGCGGAAAAAACUUAGCAAAAAAGAAUUAUUAAUAAAUUCGCUGAGCAAAAUAAAACAUAACAAUUAUCAUGUAAAAUGAGCUAUGAUUUAAAACAACAAAAAAGGUUUUAUAUAAGUAACGCGGAAGAAGAGAAAAAACAUCGCCGAAAUAAAAGUGAAAUGUGUGUGGAAAUAUAACGCAGCAGCUUCUUUCGUCUCUAUAUUUAACUAAACAUCGGAAAGGGGUUCACAUCUAAAUGGUGCAAGAAGGCACCAUUAAGCCUUCGAAAAAAGUUGUUGAUUAGCGGUCUGACAAGUUGGUACAAACAAUAAAACUAGGGAAGCCGUGUUCGCUAUUUUGGUGCGAAAAUAAAAAUGCGGAGCAGCAAUCGUCAAAAUACGACCGCAAUGGAAGUUGUGGAUGUGGAGUCAUCGCAGGAUAAUGAUAUGCUGCCCACGAAGGAAACGUCUGCAAAAGAAGCUCUGCAGACGUAUCUUACCCGAGCCAAAUUAAAUCCGGCCAAGACGGACAAUGAAAAAAGACGCAAAAAGGAUACCAUUCGUAAAAUUUAUUCCAUAUAUAGAAAAUGUGAAUCUAUGCACACUCCUGAAGAGCGACGACUCCUUGAAAAACAUCCGGAAAUUGUGAAACAAGUGAAGAAACGCAAGGAACGCGUACAGAUCUACAAAGAUCGCGUUAUAGAGAAAGAAGAUGAAAUAGAAGUUAUUGAAGCGAAGAUUGAAGAAUUGGCCAGUAUAAUAUUGCAGGCCAAACAUUUAAUUUGCUACACGGGGGCCGGCAUCAGCACAGCAGCUUUAAUACCCGACUACAGAGGCAGCAAAGGCAUUUGGACGCUCUUGAAAAAGGGCGAAGAUAUAGGAGAACAUGAUUUGUCUGCCGCAAAUCCCACUUACACACAUAUGGCACUCUAUGAACUACAUCGUCGCGGUAUUUUACGAUAUGUGGUGUCACAGAAUUGUGAUGGCUUGCACUUACGAUCGGGUUUGCCACGUAGCUCUCUGUCCGAGAUACAUGGCAAUAUGUACGUUGAAGUAUGCAAGCAUUGUAAACCGAAUUCCGUGUACUGGAGAUUAUUUGAUACCACAGAGAUGACGGCGCGAUACUGCCAUAAAACCAAUCGGCUUUGCCACAAAUGUUCCGAACCUUUGUGCGAUACAAUUGUACAUUUCGGGGAGCGUGGAAAUCUAAAAUGGCCUCUGAAUUGGACGGGAGCUUGUCAGAAUGCCGAAAAGGCCGAUGUUAUACUUUGCCUGGGUUCCAGCUUGAAAGUUCUCAAGAAAUACACUUGGCUUUGGCAAAUGGACAAGCCGGCGAGGCAGAGAGCCAAGAUAUGUAUUGUCAAUCUACAGUGGACUCCGAAAGAUACCCUGGCCGAAGUGAAAAUAAAUGGUAAAUGCGAUCGAGUUAUGAAACUUCUGAUGAACGAAUUAAAAAUUCAAGUGCCAGUUUAUACCAAGGAGAAAGAUCCCAUCUUUGCCCAUGCAACGUUGCUGAUGCCCGAAGAACUACACACUCUAACGCAGCCAUUAUUGAAACAGAACAACAAUGCCGACGAGAAAGAUGAAAUGGCAACGCAUUCAAGUUCAGCAAACACGGCAGCAGAGGAAACACAAGACUCUGCCAUGAGUUGCGAUAGUUCUGGUACAGGAAUGGGCACCACGGAAUAUCGCAUUGGUAAGGGCCCGCGUAUACGGACUCCCCUGAAGCAAGUUGGAUCGCGUAUAAAAACUAACCUUGAGUUGAAAAAUAAGAUUAAGCAAGAAUUAAAAUUGGAAAUCGAAUGCGGCGACGUGAUUAAACAAGAGAAUGUGGAUAAAAAACUAAAGACUGAGGCGGAUGUGGGUAAGGUGUCCCACGAUUUUUCAGGCAUUUUAAAUGCGCAAGAGCCCUCCAACGAACUUAAAACAAAUCUAGGAACAAUCUCUCAUAAAAGCAGUGACCUUUCUUUGGAAAGAACACUAAAACUUGAAGAAAUCGUUUCGAAAAUUUCCAUGAAUAACACAGAAAUUACGGCGACAUCAGGAAAACUUGACAUUAAAACAGUGAAUAAAGUGAAUGGUAAUAUUACGCAAAAUGACACAAAAUUCAAUGGAAUUUUCUCGGAAUUGAAAAGCGAUUGCCCCAUUUCAAAAGAGGCAUAUAAAAUAGAGCCAUGUAUGCCGAAAAUUGAGCCGGAUCUUAUAAAUGGUCUACGAAGUAAGGGCUUCUCGAUUGAGAUAUCCAGAUAUAAUCAUGCAAAGCAAAAUACAAAUACCUUAAGCCCACAAAGCAAGCGACAACCGUUGCAAAAUUGCUCGGCGAUGCCGCCGCUUAUUGCUAGUCCAAAAAAGGAAAUAAAAAUCGAGCUCAAUACCGAGGCCUUAGCGAAUUUGCCCAUGAAGCUGGAGCCAAACAACGAUGUUUUGGCUGAGAUAGCCGAAUUGCAUAAGAGCGAACAAAUGUUGAUAAAACAAGCAACAGAGUUGACCAAAAAUGCAGAGGAGUUCUUGGAGAAGCUCGAAAACCAAAUGGGCAUAAAAAAUCCCGUGCACACAGAAGAGCCGCCGAAACUGUCACUGUUGCAAAACGAGAAUGGUAUGAUGAAAUAUCAAAAUGGCCUUAAGACAGCAGCAACACCGACGGCGACGGCGACACCACCCACUAUGAAAUUGGAAAGUAUUAGAGCAACGCCCAAAACAAAUGUGCCGUCACCUGUCUCAACGGUGGCGGCUCCAAACAACUUCCCUUUGCAUAUUUUAAAGAAGUUACCCAAAUGUAUUCAGGUGCAGUUUAAAACUGACGAUGGCUUAGAGUCCGUUCCCUUUAAUGGCUUAAAAAACGCCGAGAAAACCAAACAAACACCUCCAGCUACGCCAUCCUUGAACGUAUCAAGUGAGCCUCCCCCACUGGCUCCUUUGCAUACAAUACCUCCAGCCUUACCUCCGACGAAUGCGCGACUGGCACAAGUUCAAAGUAUGAUUGCAGCAGUCGAUGAGGAGACUUUGUCGGCCGAUGAAAAGUCCCCGGAGGAGGUCGAGGAACAUAUAGAAUCACAAAUGGAUAUCCUAAAGAAUAUGUCGUUGUCAUCGCCCAAAAAGAGUGGCGAUACCACCCUGCCUGGUCAGCCAACAAAACGGCAUUGUCUAAUAGGAAAAUUGCCGCUUUGGUACGAUGUCAAAUAUGCCUAUUCGGGACUCCAUAGCAUAGUUUUCCCACCGCCCGAUGAUCAAGACAUCUGGAAUUUCCAAGUUGUACCCAACUUCGCCAUGAAUCGCUCAGCAGCCAGUUGUGAUUUUUGUUUUGACCAAUAUGCCGAAUUCGAAUGUCUAUUCUAUAAGAAAUUCCACCUAAGCGAGAGGAAACACAAGAAACGAGCUCGUAAUGGUCGCUUUGUUCUCUGUGACUGUUGCUCAUACACCGACGACGAUGAUGAAGACGACUACGACGAGAAUAUCUCACUGGCUCAUAUUGCUGCCGCUGAAAUGGCCAAACGUCAACUGCAUUUGAAUAACACAUUUCCGCGUAAAUUGGCCCGCACUCAGGCCGGCUGGUAUGGCAAAGGUUACAAGAAAAAUCGACGAAGAAAAUAGUUUAUAAAACAUAAUUUAGAUGUAAAAGUAACGUAAGUAUAUACAUACAUAAAAAAAUUUAGGAAGAAAGAAUACCUACCGUAUUUUUAUUGCCACUUCACUAAAAAAACAAAAAAGGACCUUUAAGCACACAUAAAUUAAAUGCAGUUGCUACCAUUUCUCAGUUGUAAUCCCAUUUGGAAACCUAGUUUUCUUAAUAAUAUGUGAGUGCUGUGAUUAACUUUAAUAUGUGCUCUCGUCCAAGUCGUUGCAUUUUAAAAACGGCAAUAAACGUUGUGUGUGUGUGUGUGUGUGAAUGCGUAUGUUCAAAUUGACACAGAAAAUAAUGUUGAAUAAGAGCAACGAAUUGUGUGCACCAAACUUCAAAGCUCUUAACCGUUUGUAUUCUGUCAGGUCAUCAAAAUUUACAAAAAAAAAAUAUUUCUGAGAAGAUAAACAUAGUUUAUUGAAACUCUUGACUCGAAUAUCCAUUUCAUUUUCUAAUAGUUUUUUUAACAUGUCGUUUAUUUUAUUGCUCCUACCUACCAUGAAUAAUAUGUGGCUUAAAAAAGAUGUGGAAAAUUUUCAGCCUCGAACCCACAGAGGCGCUUCCACACACUCAGGAUCACAUCCGCGGACCUGAGGAUCGCAAAAACCUCAGCCUGAAUGACACCGCACCUGUUCAGAAGUCUAUGUGACUCCCUAAUUCCUAGGAACUCAACAAACAUUCCUGCCCCUGUGCCCCCAUCCAGCUUGUAUCCAUUCGUCUAAACAGAGGAACACGACGCCUCCAGUCCAAAGCUCCCGACGCUCCGGAAGAUAACUUCAGAUCAUCAACAAAGAAAGGAUCCGAUGAAGGAUACUUGCGUAAUCCAAAGUAGCAUCUGCUUGCGAGUAUUAUUCUUCACUUUAUUUCAAAACUGGUGUCAUUCGUUUGGGUUACGGCUGCAUCAAAGUUGAUAAAGUUCCUGACUAUCUUAAAGUUGUGGUUCCCAACUAUCCCCAUUUUCUUUACGGUUACGUCGGUCCGUGGUAGAUAAAAUUUGGAAGAUAACUUCAGAUCAACAUCAAAGAAAGGAUCCGUUGAAGGGUGCUUGCGUUAUCCAAAGUAGCAUCUGUUUGCCAGUAAUAAUCUUCGCUUUAUUUCAAAACUGGUGUCAUUCGUUUCGGUUACGGUUGAUAAUGUUGCUGACUAUCUUAAAGUUGUGGUCCCGAACUAUGUAUAUUUUCUUUAUAAUAACGACGCUCCCGUGGUAGAUAAAGUUGCUGGCUGGCCCAAAGUUGUGGUUCCCAAGUAUCUUCAUUUUCUUUAUCUGCUCGGGGGUGUACAAGACGUUGAGGGAGUUGAUAACAUCCAUUUUCCACCCACUUUCACUGACUCUCUUUCGAUUCUUUCAAAGACUACAGUUUCUAUUUUCGGUGACUGACCCAUUAUAUCGAUUUGGCAUAGUGUGAAUGUCUGGUCUAUGGUGGAUUUACCAAGUCUAAAGCAGAAUUGGGCCCAAUUGCAUCAUUGACUUUAGGUUUUAAUCUUUCACACAGUACGCUCGCACAUUCUGUCUCUGUUGCUGGCACAUUCUGUCUCGUAUACUUUCUUGUAUACGGAACAUAGUAUGCUGAGGUUUCAAACAUCGGGUAAGCGUUCUUAUAGCCUGAUCUUGCAGACGAGCUGAUGCAUACCUCUUAUCAGCGUGUAGCCUAAAGUCUUAAAUAGUUGAGCGGGUAAUCUAUAGGCUCUUGCUGCGUUGUUGUUCUCCAGACGAAUCAUUGCUACUUGAACCUCAUUUUGACUAGGACGUAAACAUUCUAUACCACCAUCAGGGACUAGUUCUGCGGUAUCUAUUUCGUUGCCAUCGUCGGACUCUAGCAGCUGGUAAAAAUGUUCUUUGCCUGUCUCAAGCACACUACUUGUAUCAGUUAUAAUAUUUCCUUCUUUGUCACUGCAGGAGAAUGUGCUUGCAUCAAAGCCAUCGGUAUGAUGUUUGAUUCUUUGGUAAAAUUUCCGGAAUUCAUUCUGAUUCCUGUACAUCUCAAUGCGCCACAUUCAAGUUUUCCCAUUUCCUUUUCCUUUUGCGAAAUGGUCGUUUUUCCUCUCCACUUUCCUCUCCAUGUAUCUCCUUCAUCUGGCGCUUUGCUUCUAAUUGCAAGUUGCUCUGUAUGCCGCAUUCUUGGCGUCAGUAGCAUUUUGACAUUUUUGGUCGUUUCAUAGGUUUCUGGGGGGAGGCUUAUGGUACCCAUGCAUGGAGUUUGCGGCAUUUUCCAUCGAGUGGACAAUGGAUUGCCAUUGCGCCGUUAUAUCAUCGGGACAAGGAGUGCUUUCUUCUUUCUUCAAAGUUGCGCCAGUCGGGUGGGUUAUGCCGUUGCCAUCUGUUGUGUGUUGCAGCUUUUUUAUAUCCAGCUUCUGUGCAGUGUCAGAUUGUACUUCUCUUCUCGCCAUGCUCAAACGGGUGCGACCAAGGUUAUGAUCCGAAUCUAUAUUCGCUCCACGGAUCAAUCGUACAUCUAACACGCUGGAUGAAUGU